UCUUCAGGACAUGCGCCUCCAGGUUACCGAGUACCAGGUCCGCCAUCGCUUGACGAGUCUCGUGUGUCCCGCUCCCCACGUGCGGCACCAGGACGACGUUGUCAAGGUUAAAGAGCGCUUCCGGGACAUUGGGCUCAUCCUCAAACACGUCAAGGCCUGCCCCGCCGAGGCGCCCCUCGACGAGCGCAGAGACGAGCUCAGGCUCAUCGACAUGAGGGCCACGCCCGAUGUUUAUGAGCACGCCCUUGGGACCCAGCGCAUCGAUCACCUCACGGUUGACAAUGUGGCGGGUCUGCUCAUUCAGUGGGCAAGCCACCACGAGGACAUCGCUGUUUGCUGCCAAUUCAACCACACUAGGGUAAUAGGUGUAAUUGGGGUAUUCUUUCUUUGUUCUCUGGUAGUAGUUGACUGGGCAAUCAAAGGCCUCCACCCUUGUGGCAACAGCAAGCCCUAUCCUGCCCAGCCCAAUGAUGCCCACUCUUUUGCCACUGAACUGCAAAAGUAUAGAGACAAUAUCUAUGAGAAACUAAGCAAAAAAUGUUCUUUUAUGUCAGAACAUGGAACCAUGUUACAGGAAGAUAAGAAAGAAAGCGUCCAAAACGAAAUGGCAACACUGCAUACUUCAACCACACAAAAAAGUAGCAAUCACUGA